GCGCACACGCACACACCCCUCCCUCCACGUCUUGCGGUGAAGCUGCAGCAGCAAAUCUCCGCAUCACCAGAAAUCAAAGAGCCACUGCAGCAGAUCGACUCCGCUUCCUUCACUGCUUCUCCUGUCACUUCCUUUGAGUUCAUUCAUUUUAUUUCCAGGUCUGAUUGCAUCUCAUCGGUGGACAGAAGCUCCUCAGGCAGAAUGAAGCUGCAGCGUCCCGUGGACUAGCACCAGAGCGAGCCUUACCUUCAGCUUCAUCACUUCGUCUACACCAUCCGAUGGCCACCAGUCCCAGCGCCCCCCAGCAGCCCAGCAGCAUGGAGGAGCCCCAGCAGCCAGAUCAGCCAACUAGCACGCAGCCGAACGGAGAAGCUGCUGCCUCAGCCGUGACCUCACAGCCGACCAGCGGCGAGCAACAAACCCCACCCACGACAACGGAUGCUCCGGAGAGCAAACAAACAGAGAUGGACCACCUGACAGUGAUCAGUGACCCCAUGGAGACCAGUAACGGCGUCGUCCCGGCGAUGGCCGACUUGUCCCCCACAGCGUCCUCUGUGUCGCCCAAGCUGCAUGCUAAGCCGGGCGGACAUGCUAACGGCCGGCCUCGCUUGGGCAGUCGGUCCGGCUCGGUGGCGGCGGGCUCCCCGAGGCCGUCGCUCACCCGCCAGCCCAGCGCCAUCACAGAGGGCGCUGUGGACGGAUCCAAGCCCAGGGACUACCUGAUCCUCGCCAUCCUGUCCUGCUUCUGCCCACUGUGGCCCAUCAACAUCGUAGCGCUCACCUUCUCCGUGAUGUCCCGAAACAGCCUGCAGCAAGGCAACAUAGAUGGAGCUCGCCGUUUAGGCCGCAAUGCGAUGGUACUGUCUGUCGUCUCCAUUUUAGGAGGAAUCGCCAUCAUUGCUGCCGCCAUCGCCCUCAACUGGGGAUUGAUUUUAAAAUCCUGAUUCAAAUCACCGGCACGGACUUCACGACAACAUCCCAUCGACACCACACCGUUCUCAAAGCACUAUCGUUCUCAAGCGCCUGCACCAGAUGAAAACUACUAAAAAUCUGUUCUUUGCUGUUGUUUCUUGCUGCACGACGAGCAUGGUCUGCCUGACGCUCUACCUCCGACCAACCAACCCGACACCGACGCCUGAUUCUGGGGCAGGAGAGAAGGAAUCAACCGCUGGAUCAUCUCAUUCUGUGGUAGCAGCUUAUCUUCUCCUCAGACUGCUUUCUCCCAGCAGUGAACAAGUGUUGUCAUGGAAAUAAGCAUCUGUCUCUAUGGAAAUGGGAUUAUUCUGAUCUCUAAAGCAGGCUCCGAGCCACAGGAGCGAACUGGGAGGACGCGGUUUUUAUGUUUUGAUGCCAAAAAAAGUAGAAACUUGGUCUCAGCUGAACAGAAACUGUGAGAUGCUGCUGCUGACAGUUUAAUGCGAACUGAAGAAUCGUUUUUACUGUGAAGGAAGGAGGACAAACAAAGAUGGAAGCGCCAUGAAGUCACGCCUUUGUACUGAAAACCUUCACCGUCGCAUUCACCAUUUAUUUUGUUGGUCUUUGUCAAGAAACGAAGCAUGAAUUCAGCUCCAACAGCUGUUACACUAACUAUUCAUAACCUGUGUCUAUAAAAUCAAUCACAGACACUCCACUUUCCUGCUGUAUUUGCAGACAGUAAACAUACCGUAGACACUCUGCUUUCCUACUGUUAUUACAGAUGAUAAAUGCACCACAAAUCACUACUUUUAUACAGUUAUCACAGACAGUGAAUUAACCCUAGACACUACAUUUUACCACUGCAUUUACAGACAGUAAACACACCACAGACACUCUUCUGUUCUUCUGUUAUUACAGACAGUAAAUGCACUACUAACCUCUACUUUUCUACUGUUGUUACAGACAGUGAAGUCACCACAGAUUCAGCUGUAUUUGAUCUUCUUCUCUGACCGUAGUGUUUCUGUCUAAUGGACACUGACUGAUUGGCAUUUUCACUUUAUUCUCAGUGAUCUCUUGGCUUUCUAUUCAUUUGGGUGGUUAAGGUUUCACCGCACUUCUCCACUCUGAGUGUUCAUGGUCUCAUGUAAGAUGGAUCAAUUAUUCCCUCUGCAGCCUUUUAAUUUAAACCUCCUGUUCCUCCACAGGAAGCUAAUGGCCUCUUACCAUAAAGCACAGAGACUUUUAUUGUGGUCAGCAUUUGGGUUGUCCAAUAACUCCAGAAAUGACCACCCUCCUUGUUCGAAACCAGUUUCUGGUCCAGUAUCAAUAUUCAAACACGGCUGAAGUAUUCCCAACUAUACACUACACAAUAACUGCACUGUAUUAGCUGCCACACAAAGCUGUUUUUGUAGGUGGUGUAAAAGAAAAUCACACUAUUCUUCAGCCAAAAUACUCAAUAAAAUGUUAGGAUACAAAACAAGUUUUCAGGUAGGUAGAUUUCCCCUCAUGUUAUCCAAAAGUACAUGAGGGGUCUGAGUAGUCUACAACAACCUACAAAUUGACAAAUUUAGGUUUUGUCAAAGAUUGCAGUCAGAGCAUUCUCUACUGCAGAAUGAUCUGACGUAAAGUUCGUAAUCAGAGGUUGACAGCAGGCUUCUUUAUGGGCUUUAUGUAUCAUCUAUUUUAUUACUACAGGGGGCCUAUCUCUUGCACAUGCAUGACUUUCUACAUUUUUUGCCAGUAGUGCCCAUAAGGGGCACCCUGAAAAUCUUUUUUUUUUUUUUUUUUGCGUCAGGAGCUUUGGUAGAAAAACAUAAAAUAGCACGUGUCAAAAGAUCAAUCUUUGAAAAGCUAACGUCGUACCGUAAGUUCCAAAUAUUUGAGAUAUUCUAACUGGAUUUUAAUCCACCAGAUCUGGAUGUCAUUCUUUGGGUAGCGUUUUCUGCAAAUAAGUGAAGAUCUGCAAGCUAGCUAGCUAGUAUAAUCUUGGUCUUUUACACCAUUAAAAUACAGACUACCAUAAUCAGGGAUUUUUUUCCUUAUAUAUUGGAGCCCUGUGAGGAUUACAUUGUGUUUAAUUUAAUUUUUUGUAUUUAAUUCUGUAACGGGUCCAACACUAACACGGUACAUUUCAAACUGGGUUAAAAUUAGUGUGUCAUUGGGACAUGCCUUCAGCUUCUAAAUACUUUUCAAAACCCUAAAUACUAAUAUAAAUGUUUUUUAGCCAAUGAAAGCUCCUUUACAACAAACAGAGCCACAGACUUUCUGUUUUGAUUGCAUUUUUCUCUUGUCUGAGCACCAGAAAAACUUCAGUAUCAAUUUAAAAUGUGGCUGAAACACUGACUUUGACUGAUUCUACAUUUAGUUUAACGCCUUCAGAGUUUACUGGCUGAUUAAAUUGAUUUUUUUUCCCACACAGAAAACUUAUCACAGCUUCCUCUUUGGCCCAUUUGUGUUGAGCACUAACCCACACUUUGUGGACAGAUGGUUUCGGGGGAACUUUGAGGAAAUAUGCUGUUGCUCUGGAACUUAAAUCAGCCCUUCGUCUCCUAUAACCCAUGCAUGUUUACAGUAUUUAUUACAGAAUGCUUUUACAAAAUACUGUAGCCUCAUUUAGCAGGACAGCUAACUGAGUAGCACUUUGUAAAUAAAUAGUAUGAGAAAGUACAGAUAUCCCCUUCUUCUCUUCGAUAUGAAGACCUGCAGUCAACUUCCCGCCAAAAAUGCACCGUUGGUCAUUUUAGCGGGUAAAUAGUGCAUCCUUGGAUGGUCGUGUUUUUCAAGUUUGGACGUCUAACUUCAGUGCUUUCAUGUGCUUCAAGUCGGAAUAUAGGAACAACAUGGAAAAGAAAAUGAGAUAGAGAUUUUCCUUAGAGCAAUUGCACAAUACAUCGGUAACUGGUUCCAAAAUGGCGGGAAAACAAAAAGAGCGGCUACAAGCUAAUACCAAACUGAAAAUUCAAUGUUAGACAAACAAACUGAGAAACAGUUAGGACUGAUUACUGUAGCCAAAAGACUUCAUAAUAUCUAUUUUAAAAAGUAAUUUAAACAAAAUAUACUACAUCUUCAACUUUCUUCAUUGUGUGGUUUUUUGCAAGAAAUUUAAACUCAAAUUUGAGUGCAGGGAGAUGAAGAGAAUCAGCAACUCAAAUCUAUAUUACUGGUGCUAGAUUAUUCACUAUAUUCUCAUAUGCACAUAAUUAACAUUAUAUCAAAUUAAUAUUUUAAAUAUCAUGGUUUGCAUCAGCAGUCAAAAGCAGGAAAACAUUUCCUUUUGUCCGUCAUAUUUUGUCAAGCAUGAUGCUGACAAUGACCUGAUAAAAAAAAUUAUAAGGACGUGCUAGAAAAAAUUAUUAAAUGCAGUUAACGUCAUCACAAUAAUGGAAUUACUCAGAAUUCAUAUUAAACUUUUUUAUUGUGCAUUUUCUCUCUUUUUGGCAAACUAAUUACACUGAAAAUACAAGUGUAGGAAGAUGCUGAUUAUUUAUAAAUUUAUAUGUGCUUUAUUAACAUGACUAUUGUUAUUACUACAUGUAGCAUGAAUGUGAGGCUUAAGUCUAAAGUUUUUUACAACCGACUAAACUUGUAAACUCGUAAACUAUCUCAGCAAAUCGGAAAAUUUUCACGACCUUAUGAAGAGUCCCAAAUUGAAGUUUUUACCCAUCUGGAACACAUUUUGAUUAUUCUGACUGCACAUGAACGCACUAAGAGUUUGACUCGUCGUUUUGAUGCAUUUUGCACCAAUCAGAGUGUAGAAGUGAGCUCAGGUGAGGUUAGGUGAGCUCAGGUGAGCUCAGGUGAGGUCAGGCUCAGAGGUGGGGGAGGAGGGGAGGAAUCUUGUGAUUUUGCGUUCGUGUCAUGUGGAACAAAUGUUGGCAUUCACGUCAUCCAAACACAUUGUCCAUUAAAUCAAUUUCAGUGAGGCAAGUUGGCCAUCUUUGUUUUCAGACACCUCCAUGCUAAUUAGCACGAAGUUCGAUAUAUUGGAGCUUUUUCCAGCUGCGCUGACGUGAAUGAUGUUUACAAAUCGUAAUUCCAAUAACUUCUAUUUGACAUGAACGCAGCAUAAAGUUCACCUCCGUCUGUCCACCGCCCUCCUGUACUGUAUGUAGCAUGCCUGUUUACUAAUCACAUUAUGCAAAAAAAAAAAAAAAGAAGAAAAAAGUUCCAGCUCGAUGUCAGUAUGAAUGCUAGCUUUUCAAAUUUUUGCUGCGGUCGUGGACUUGUACACGGUUUUGUAUGGACUUUGCUUGCGCUACCUCUCAGAGUUGCCUACAGUGUUUUUAUCACAUAGUCUGAUGAUUUGAACUGACUGUUAAAUCUCUCGUGCUUCUGUUGUGUUUUUCACUGCAAACACUAUAAUUAUUAUAUCAACAUGCAGGGUUUUUGAUUGUCAACACACAAAUCUACACGCUCACUCAUCUGUAAUUCAACCAGCACAAGUUGUGUAAAUAGAAAAACCUCGAAAGUAAAUAUCUCAACAGAAAACUGCCAAUAACAAGCUGUCUUAUGCUGAGAAAUGAGACGUCCUGAAUUUGGUAAUUAGCAUUCAUAUCAGAUUGAAAUUCAAAGUUUACAAUAUUUUAAAAAGUCAACCAGCUUUUUAAAAACAUUUAGCUGGAUUUUAAAGUCCACAGUGAACAGACAGUGCCUUGUUUUCCAGUGGGAGGUUUUACGAGCUAAUGCUUACGCAAAGUGACAAAAACUAGCAAGAUGUGCUGUGUUUAAAAAAAUAAAUCCUGACACCAACCCAAUUGAGGAAUUAUGUUCUAACACAUUUUAACACCAAAGACAGAAAAAUCAGGGAUAAAUUGGCCAGAUUUUGAAAAAUGUAAUCGCUAGCUUCACUGAGAUGUUAGCUUGAUGUGAAUUUACAUGUACUGAAACAAAAUUAAGCAAAUUAUGUGUUAGUUUGAAUUUGCUUGCUUUUUAAAAUCCCAACGACAAAAAGAAGCUUAGCUUAGACUGGAAGUAGUAAAUAAUUGUUAGCUGGCUACCUAGCUAGCAAGAAAUCCACCAUUUUCGCAAGAGAUAUCAAGAAGCUACAUUUUAAAUUAGUGUGCUAGCUUCACAUUUAUACAUCAGUGAGUCAUUUUAGGCACUCUGAACUAUAAAAUACUCAAAAGAUUCAUUCGAACAAUUUACACAUUUUUGGAAAACUGACAACAUGACAACAGGAAUAAGUUCAGGAUGAGUUUAGCCAAGCUUAGAACAAAGACUGGAAGCAGAACGUAACCAUUAGCUAGCUACCUGGCAAGCUGGAAAUCCACUUUUGCUGCAAGAGAUAAAAAUAACAAUGUUGAAUUAAUGUUAGCUUAGCAUUCAAGUAUACCAAAAUAUACUUCUCGAUUCUGCCUUAUUCUUAAGAUAUUUUAAAUAAUUUAUAUGUUUGAAUUUGUUUUCGGUAGAGUUUUUUGUAAAGCCCAGACUAUAGAAAGAAGUUCAGGAUUUGUUUAGCCUAGCUUAGCACGAAGAAUGGAAGUAGUAUAUGUAACUGUCAGCUAGCUACCUAGCUAGCCACAAAUCAAUUUCCCAACAAGAGAUAGCAAAAGAUAAUAUGUUAGUGUUAAAUUUGUAUUCAAAUAUGCCAAAAAAUACUUUGUGCGAAGUUCUGUACAUAAAUUUGAACAAUUUAUAUUAAAGUUUGAUGUGUUUAGCCUAGCAUAGUGCAAAGACUGAAGAAGGGGUAACUGUUUGCUAGAAGUCUAUUUUUGCUGUAAGUGGUAGAGAAAAAUAACCUGUUAAAUUAGAUUUUUUUGAAUCAAAAACUACUUUUCAACUAUACGAAAUACUGCAAAUGAUUUUAAACAAAUAGUUUGAAAAAGUUGAUAUUUAAACUCUCAACAAAGCCCAAGAUGUGUUUAGCCUAGCAUAGCAAAAAGACUUGAACAAGGAGAUAGAUAGAUAGCUAUUUAGCCAGCUAGAAAGUAAAUGGUGAGUUUAGCAUUUAAAUUUUGUUGUCAUUUUUAAACCAUCUAUAGUUGAUUACACUUUACACCAAAAAGAGCUUUAGCUUUGCUUAGCACAAAAUAGACUGAAAGUAGAGGCUAACUGUUAGCUUGGCAAGACUUCCACCACUGUUACAAGAGAUAGCAAAAAAUUAUACAGUAAAUUAGCCUGUUAGCUUAGACAGUAAAGAAUUCACACAUGUAAAACUAAAGUUUAGCCAUAGUUUACAUUUAAAUUUCACAAAGCCUCAAAAUAAAACACAUGGAGUUUGCGUUUUACACAAACUAAAAUGCAUGUGUUCAGCAGAUAAAUACCAAAACCUUUAUGGAAUCCAUCCAUUCUCUAUACACCACUUUAUCUCACUAGGGUCACGGGGGGUGCUGGAGUCUAUCCCAGCUGACUCGGGCGAAGGCAGGGGACACCCUGGACAGGUCGCCAGUCUGUCACAGGGCUACAUACACAGACAAUCACUCCCGCAUUCACACGUACGGUCAAUUUAGAGUAAUCAAUUAACCUCAGCAUAUUUUUGGACUGUGAGAGGAAGAUGAGGUACCGGGAGACACAUGCAAACUCCAUGCAGAAAGAUCCCAGGCCCAGGCUGGGAUUUGAACCAGGGACCUUCUUGCUGCAAGGCAAAAGUGCUAACCACAACACCACUGGGCAGCCCCCUUUAUAGAAUCCUCAAAUCUCAAUGAAAAACUUAAACUUUAUGCAAUUUAAGACCAAGAUUCUUCAACAUCCUUUAAAUAGGUUAAAUGUUUGAUGCUGUUCUGUUAAUACAAACUUUGCUCGAUGAAUUUAAGAGCAUGAGCUUGUAAUCGGUGCUCGUAAAAUGUGUUAUUUUGUGGUCUGUGAAGACAAUAUUAGAGAUAUUUGAAGUAGAUUAAAUAGUUUUCACUGAUAAACACUAAAACCUUCCACAGGACGUCUCAUUUCCAGGCCGUUUCUUGUACAGGCUGUAAAGCUGCUGCGUUUCAUUCAUUCACUUCAACACCUUCAGUUGUCGGUUUUUCUGCUCUUCUUUCUCAUUUCUGUUUCUUUUGUAAAAACUCUUUGGACACCUGAUCUUUGUAUUUUUAUAUUUCUAUUCUCAUUCUCUGGAUCUUUUUGUAUUUUCAUGGUAACUUCCUGUUUGUAACGCUCAGUAUAACCUGCUUUCUGCCUGCUUUUCUAACACAGCGAGUUGCAGAGGACGUUUGUUAGCAUGUCGGCCGACUUCAUUAAGUCCUCUCUUGGUAUCGAUCGCUGUCUCCUGACACUUUGUGCCUGUGCAUGCCUUAAAGUGACUGCUGAAUGACUAUGGGUGUUCACAAUACAUUAAUCAAAGACACCGUUUAUCUUGACUACCGAUGUUGAGUAUUUGAUCAUGUUUGAAGGGAAUAAAUCAGUUAAAUAUAA